ACCAAACAGACAAAACAGACAUAAAACUGGCUAUUGUUAGUUUUUUCUGUUUUUAAUACGUUUUCUAAAUAAAAUAUAUAACUUAUGACUGAAUAAAGUGUUUUAUAUGUGAAAUAUAUCCAAUAUGUCUUGCAAUUAUGCUGAUGGUUUGUCUCCUUACGAAAACAAGGGUGUUUUGGGUGUACCAGAAAAAUUUGACUCUGUAGAGAAGUUCAAUAAGAAAUGUGAGCUGUUGGCUCAAUUCAUAUGCCAGAGUAAACAUGUGGUGGUGCACACAGGAGCAGGCAUCAGCACUUCUGCAGGCAUUCCGGACUUCAGAGGCCCUAAUGGAGUAUGGACAUUAGAGAAGCAAGGCAAGAAACCAACUACUAAUGUAUCAUUUGCUGAUGCAAAACCAACCAAAACCCAUAUGAUUCUAAAGAAAUUGGUAGAAUGUAAUAAAGUGCACUAUAUAGUCAGCCAGAACAUUGAUGGGCUGCACCUCAAGUCUGGGUUACAGAGGAAGUACCUCGCUGAACUGCAUGGCAAUAUGUUCAUUGAUGAAUGUAAUCUGUGUAAAAGGCAGUUUGUCCGUAGCCGGCCGGUAGAAACAGUAGGCAAGAAGUGCAGUGGAGUGCCAUGUGCUUCAGAGCACGUUGGUGGAAGACCAUGCAGGGGCAGACUGUAUGAUGGAGUGCUGGACUGGGAACACAGCCUGCCUGAGAACGACCUUCUGAUGGCUGAGUGGCAUUCUAGUAUUGCAGACCUGAGCAUAUGUUUAGGAACAACACUACAAAUAGUGCCUAGUGGUAAUCUUCCUCUAGAGACUGCCAAAUAUGGUGGGACAUUAGUUAUAUGUAAUCUGCAGCCUACUAAACAUGAUAAUAAAGCAGAUUUAGUAAUAAACUACUAUGUAGAUGAUGUAUUAGAAAAGGUAAUGAGCAUCCUCAGCUUAGACAUUCCAACAUACAAUGAAGCAGACAACUUGACGAAACUGGCAGAAAACACCAUUGUUGAUUGGACAAUCGACAGGAAAGAUGUGUUAGCAUUAGAGAAGAUAUUCAAAGCUAAGUGCAAAGGCGUGAAGAAGAAAAGAAGCUUGAUAAAGAAAAGGAAUAGUGUACAAAGCACUGAAGUAGAUGAUAAGUCAAAAAUAAUAAAGCUUGAAGUUAAAGAAGAAAGGCGCAAUGAUGAUGAAACAAACAUUAACCAAUCAAAUGUAGAACUUAAAGAAGAAAGAAUGGAUGAUGAGGAAAAUGAUGAAUCAAUUAAUGAAAUAAAUCUUACGAAGAAUGUAACAAAUGCCGAUAUAGCCGUUGACAAUAGUGCUACAAAAACUGUUACAAAUGGUGAAACAAAGACUGAUGAUGAAAUUAUGCAGUAGAAAAUAAAACUGAACAAAGACAUGUAAAUGAUGUAGUGUAGUGAACAAUUUAUGUUAAUAAUCUUAAAUAUAAGUACGUUUUUAUUUUUUUAAUAAAUGAUCUCAAUAAAUAACUUUUAAAAUAAUUAAUUUAAUAUUUCAAUAAAUUACAUUUUCUUAUUUACAUUAUUUCACGUUAUAGUACUCUUUGGCGUGGCAAUAUUCUAUAAAUUUUAUUAUAUAAAAAAGUACUCGCAAAAUCACAUACAUGGAAUGUAUUCAAUCCCAAAUAGUGUUGGAAAUAUAGUAAAAUAAGUACAUUAUCAUAUCCAAACAACACAAAUAACAGUUAAUCCAUUGUAAAGUAUAAAAAAAUGGAAAAUAAUAGAUGGCACAAAAUAUUUUACUUUGGCAAGAACUGAUAUUAGGCAGCUAAAUUACUCAAUUGUAUUUUAUGUUUAUUUUUACUUUUUUAAAGAACGUCUAGGGCCGAGAUUUUCUUGCAGCUUCUUUUCCCCGGCUAUACACGUUGUGAGAAGCUGCAGUAGUUUUAG